AUGAAGCUGGACGCUACUGGAGUUUUUCAUCAAGCGUCGGCCAAAGUGCUAGAAGAUUCUUAUGAACGGUCAUCGCUCAUCGAUAAAGCCAAGAAAGCGCAAAUAGGAGAAACUCUUGUGAAGCCUUGCUUGUUGAAAGCAGCUGAUAUUGUGCUCGGUGUUGAAAGCAAGAAAAAAAAAAUAAUGGAAAUUUUGCUUUCUGACAAUUCUGUAAAAUGUUGCAACGAUGACAUGGCAAAAGAUCUAAAACUUCAAGUUGUGGAGGCAGUGAAAGCUUCUUUUUUUUUUGCAAUUCAGUGCAACGAUACCACUGAUUUAGCACAAUGCUGUCAGUUGCUAGUCUACAUUCGAUUAAUUAACAAUGGAACUGUGAAAGAAAAACUGCUUUUUUCAAAGGAAUUGAUGACCACAUCAAAGGCUUCUGAUGUUACGAAAAUGGUUUCCAACUUUUUUUGGGAAAAACGGGUUGGUGUAUGCACAGAUGAUGCUCCAGUGAUGCUUGGCUCUCACUCUGGAUUUGUGACAUUGGUGAAAGAAAAAAAUCCAGCCAUGAUCACGACUCACUGCGUCAACUCACAAGCGUUGGCUGCUAAAACCCUUCCAGAUGACCUAUGGAACUCGUUGAAUUUGGCCAUCAAAGUUGUCAAUUUUGGGAAGAACAACUUAAAUAUGAGACGUUUUGCAGCUCUUUGCGCGGAUUUGGGUGUGGAUCAUAAAAUUAUUUUGUUUCACACGGAGGUACGAUGGCUUUCCAAAGGGAACAUGCUUUCGAGAUUAUUCUAA